GGGGACACAAUUCAGCCCAUCGCAGGGGGAACCCUCAGAAAAUAGGCCGUUGUACGCUUUCGAGCUGCUUCCUCGGGAACAGUGAGCGGUCAUCUCAUGUAAAAUGAUAUUACAAGGAUUGAAAGAAAGCCAAGCUUCAAUCUCCCGCCUGUUCUCAUCAUGCACGAGCCCCCAUCAAGUGCUGCCCUGAAUAUAUAUUCAGGGGAACCUUUUUUCUGAUGACAUGUUUUUUUAAAAAAAAAAUGUAUUAAAAAAUAUGUAAAUCCCAGCAGUGACCGGGGCGCCGGCUGUGGAAAAGAGGAACCCCCAAGCGCUGUGGCUGUGCCCUGGGGCUCCGCCUUUCGUAACCUCAGUGCGUUUAAUUAAAUCUGCACAUGACAGGUUUUCGUUACAAGCGGCCAGCUGGGUCCCCGGGGGUUGGGGACCGGGUCGAGUGUGCUGGGGGACCGGCGGUGGGGUCCCGCGGCCUCCGUUCCUUCUCCACACGGACAGCCACGUCUGCACCAGGGGGAGGGUCCCCACCGCUCGGCUCUGAAACUCCACGGGGCCGGCUCGCCCAGGACGGUCGGUCACCUCCCCGCCCGCGCCUCCAGAAUGGACAUGAACGUGAGCGGCCCGGACAACGCCACGAUCCUCAUGCUGCGGGACCCGACCAUCGCCGUGGUCCUGCCCGUGGUCUACUCGCUGGUGGCGCUGGUCAGCAUCCCCGGAAACCUGUUCUCGCUCUGGGUGCUGUGCUGCCACCUCGGGCCCACGUCCCCGUCCGUCAUCUUCAUGAUCAACCUGAGCGUCACGGACCUGAUGCUGGCCAGCGUGCUGCCCUUCCAGAUUUACUAUCACUGCAACGGCAACCACUGGGUGUUCGGCGAGCUGCUGUGCAACGCCGUCACCGUGGCCUUCUACGCCAACAUGUACUCGUCCAUCCUGACCAUGACGUGCAUCAGCGUGGAGCGCUUCCUGGGCGUGGUGUACCCGCUGGCGUCCGCGCGCUGGCGCCGGCGCCGCUACGCCGUGGCCGCGUGCGCCGGGCUGUGGCUGCUGCUGCUGGCCGCCCUGUCCCCGCUGGCGCGCACCGACCUCACCUACACCGUCGAGGCGCUGGGCAUCGUCACCUGCUUCGACGUGCUCAAGUCCACCAUGCUGCCCAGCGUGGCCAUGUGGGCCAUGUUCCUCUUCACGCUGUUCAUCGUGCUGUUCCUCAUCCCCUUCCUGGUCACCGUGGCCUGCUACACGGCCACCAUCCUGACGCUGCUGCGCGCGCGCGAGCCGCACAGCCGGGGGCAGCGGCGCCGCGCCGUGGCGCUGGCCGCCGUGGUGCUGCUGGCCUUCGUCACCUGCUUCGCGCCCAACAACUUCGUGCUGCUGGUGCACGUGGUCAACCGCCUGUUCCUGGGCAGGACCUACUACCACGUGUACAAGCUGACCCUGUGCCUCAGCUGUCUCAACAACUGCCUGGACCCCUUCGUGUACUACUUCGCGUCCCGCGAGUUCCAGCUGCGCCUGCGGCGCUACUUGGGCUACGGGCGCCUCCCCGCCGGCUGCCGCCACGCGCGCUCGGACAGCGUGUUCUCCGCCCGGACGCUGUCGGCGCGCUCCAUGUCCAGCGGCCACGAGGGGCUGGAGGAGGCAGGGAGGCCCUCGCUCAGGAGGCAGGAGAGCGUGUUCUGAGCCGGGCACCCCGCCCCCCCUCCCCCCGGGGACAGCUGAUGGGACGGCUCGCACGGGCCUUCACGCAAGGGAACCGCUGCGCGUCCAUGACCGUGGCGCGUGGAGAGGGUCCCCAGGAGCGCACGUCCUAAAACGGGCCACCGGCAUGGUAACACCCCACGGCUUAAUGACACAGGACUCAGCGUGCAGGACGCACUGGGCUCCGCUCCUCAGGACGGGGACCCAAGCUGACCACGAGCUCAGCCAGCCCACCUGAGUCCCUCUGGAGCCCCAAUAUCCACCUGCCGUGUUCUCUGUGCCUUUUGCUGGGGUCGCCCAUGGCACCUGCUAUUCCCCAGCCUGGCACAGCCUGGUGCUUUUUGUCCAGCCCACCCUGGGUCACCGUGCGUUCUGGGAUUCACCCAGACCACCAGGCACAGGCCCCUUUGGGCUUGUUGCCCCAGGAGCCCACAGGACCUCCCCGCCCCAUUUGAUCUGCUGCCCCCAGGAGCCACCACGACAGCUUACAAGUGAUUUGGUCACUCUGUUUCCUCGAGGCUCACAUCCUACAAGUCGCAAUGUCCAGACGGGAAGGACAUCCAUCCAGGAGGUGUGGCUCAGCCCCCCCCCCCCACAAGGCUUGAGGGUCUCCAGCUCCAUGAGAAGCUGCGGAGGCCGAGUUUUGGGAAGGACGACGUGGGUCCGCAGCUACCGAGGGGCUCCCUGACGGGCUCCAGGGUGUGGCCUCCCCCCAGGUGCCCUCCUGCCGGUCCUCUGCCUCCUGGUGCCAGCCUAGAGCCCCUGAGCCACGUGCAAGCCCUCCCAGGCUGUGAGGUGGCCUCGUGCACCUGACCUGAGCCCUGGCGCCCCAUGGUGCCCGGGCCCCGGACAAGACCACCGAGCACACAAGCCUGCAGCAGGAUCACACCCAAGCCCCCUCUGUGCCCGUCCCUUCCUGAGCCCAGGACGCAGCAGUACCAGCC